AUGAUGCAGUCUACAUGGAUAACAGUUAUUGCUCUGACUCUGUUGUGUGUUUAUUAUGGGAUAGAGGUUGCUGCCAAUCAUUGUUACCUUGGCCAGGAGCCUGACUCUAACCAAGAGGGUAAACUCAGAUGGGUGUUACCAGUUGACUACAACAACCGCUGUAUUUGUACAAGUCUCCUACCAGGCGGAUUGAAUUUGUACACACCAGAGAGAUCGUACAUACCUUAUUACAUUGAUCAGCCACCAUUCAGAGCCACUGAGAGAGAUUUGGUCACCUUCUUGGAUUGUCCAGUGGAUUUCUCCAUAAUUGGCAAACCAACUGAGCAGAGUUCCACGUACAGGUUCCAAUACUCAUCCGACAAGGCUGUAGACGGCAAAGGUGUGACAGCAACACAAAACGGAGAUUGCACACACACAACGGUUGAUGGUGAGAUAGACCCCUGGUGGAGAGUUGAUCUUGAGGGUGACCAUUGCAUCAGGACGAUUACAAUCAUCAAUAGGAUCUUCUGUUGCAGCGAACGUUUGACUGGUGCCGUUGCUAGAGCAGGGCUGGACCCCAUCGUAACCAACAACACCAUAUGCGGGGAACCAGUGACGGCUGAACAGGCUGCACCACGUGGUGGCAUUAUCGAGUUUAAAUGUGACCCGCCGGUGAGGGCGCGCUACGUCUUUGUAGACAUACCGAGAGACACGCCUGCAAAACUGCAUUUGUGUGAGGUAAUGGUGAAAGAAUUUCCCCUUGAAAUUUGUUCACCCUAA